UCACUCUCUGAUGAAACGUCGUUGCAUCGGCUUGCAAGCACCGGGUGAUACUUUUGAACUCCUCGUCAAAAAGCAACAUUUCUAACUUUCCAAAGCGGCAGGUUUCUACAAGUCGUCUGUACAGCAUCUUAAGGUAUUAUUGAGAGAUGUUGGCGUGUACGGAGAUGAUCACUAUGUGCCUUCAUUCGGCGAAACAGAAGCAUCUUCGCGCUCAGCAGCAACAACAGCCACCACAAAGCCCAGCUUAUGGACUUCCAAUUUUUAAAGAUAUUUUCCGCCGUGCUGACAAAAACGAUGACGGGAAACUGUCGUUCGAGGAGUUCAAUGCCUAUUUCGCAGACGGGAUUCUUACCACGGACGAGUUGCGGGAGCUCUUCUACUCCAUAGAUGGACGGCAGAACAACAACCUGGACACCGACAAGCUAUCCGAUUACUUUGCUCAACACUUGGGGGAGUAUUUGAAUGUCCUUUCUGCUUUGGAGACCCUUAACAUUGUCAUCUUGAAGGCCAUGGACAAAACUAAAGAGGAGUACCAAGGCUCCUCUGUUUUGGGCCAGUUUGUGACCCGCUUCAUGCUGCGGGAGACCUCGACCCAGCUGCUGUCCCUGCAGAUGUCCUUGCAGUGUGCGAUGGAGGCCGUGGAGGAGCAGAGCAGCCCGGCGCCGCGAGAGGUGAAGGCCGCGGUGCAUCCCUCUGUGCAGAGGAACAGCAGGCGAUGUGGCCGCCAGGUCCUGAACAAUGUGUCCCAGUCCGACCCUUACCCAGGCAUCCUCAAAACUGGUGUGACCAUGGAGACUGAUGACCACUGGUGUUCCCAGAUCAACAGGCUUCAGCUGCUACUGGACAAGCUGGAGUGGCAGAGUCCAAAGCUGGAGCCCCUGAGAGAGGACACGCUGGCCAGUACAUACAAAUCCCAGAACAUCCUGCUGGUGCAGAGACAGAUGUCGGCAAUGGAGGAAGACCUGGGGGAGUUCCAGAAGGCUCUCAAGACCUAUGUAGACACCACGUCCCACCAAAGCCACAAUUUGCAUGUGUCUGUCCAGAAGCUCCCAGGGAAGUCGUGCUACAUAAUAUAUGAGUUUUGGCAGGAUCGUAUCUCCUGGAUGAGCUACCUGCAGUCUAAUGGCAGUAAGGAUUUCCAGCGCUGUGUCAUUGAUAUGCUGGAAGAUCCUGAACUGGUGUCCACCAUGCUGCUCCCAGCGUCCUGGUGGAUUAUGACUAACAACUAGCAAGAGAGCACAGAACACCCAGCCCCCCCCCCCCCCCCCCCCCCCAACACACACCCCAACACACACCCCAACACACACGCACCCCGAAGACAAGACAUCCAAAAGGCAUCCAAGUGUUUCAGUUCAGGAUGUGCAGACAUGGAACACCGUGUUAUUCAGCAUCGUGCAGCACUCAGUUAUGUACCAUCAACUCGGGCUGGUCAUUACCGUCAUAGGCCGUGUUUCUUUGGGGGGGGGGGGGGGGGGGGUGCACAAAUAAACAGCUCAGUGUAUACGCAUGAAAGUGGUUCUGUGUGCUGUGAAAGCCGAUAAUGACGCUUUGGAAGCAGUCGCAAAGUUUGGCUUUAAUCUACAGACAGUUCCGUCAUACGGUAGCUCGUUUCCAACGGCGACGGCGAUAUCAUACGUGUUGUUUUAUGACCUGCUGUAACUUGCUUAGUCCUCAGUGCAAUUGACGAUAAUGACUGAGGCUCGCAGUCUAAAUUGCAUGCAGACCAACGUUUGACCGAGCCUUGGAAAUUAAUCGCUUUGCAUUCUCGCUACAUAGCAUAGAGAGAAAUGAUUUCCUCUGACUGGAAGUAAAAUGUGAUGUGUUUCAGAUUCAGCAGCAGCCUGCUGUUUUCUUAUACCCUCAUAAGGGACCCCCUGCAAUGCAGUCUUUCUAUUGUGUGGUUUCCUAGUGGGUGUGCUUAUGUUUGAGUUGCGUUGCCUGUCUUUUUAAUGUAGUUUGUACCAGGUAAUUCACCUGUUUAAAUACGAGAUCACCGAAAGGAGGAAGAAAGAGGAAGAAAGUUGGAAGGACAUUUGGUGAGCCCCCUCUCAAUUUUCAGAGACAGUUGCUGUAUAUUGUAGAACUUUUCCAAUUAUUUGUUAGUUUAUUUCAUUUGUUAGAGAAUAAUCUGAGAAUUAAGCAUACUCAUGUGCAUAUGGAUAUGUUUAUAUUGUGCUUUAAUCGUUACUGAAAUAUAUUUUCCAUGUAGAAAGUCAACAUAUUAACUUUAAUAAAGAUCACUGGCCAGUCAA